ACAGCCACCGCUGGCGGGCUGACUGCCGAAGAUCUUCUCUGCACCAUCGCCGAGCGCCGGGUGCUGCCGCUCCAGAUGCGCACCCACAAGAUCGGGCACAUGUCCGGCCGGUUCGAUCCGAACCGGACGUCCAAGGUGCCGCUCACCAAGGCCCAGGUGGCCAGCCGGGUGAACCACAUCACCAAGGCGAACCUGGCGGAGGACUGGAGCUACGGGCUGGUGCCCUGCGACAGGAACCAUCCACCGGCGCGGGUUUUUGAGCGCCAGAACGCCGAGGACGGCGACCUGGCGACGAAGAGGUGGACGCCGGAUCUCGUCGAUCCGGCUGACCAAGCCGGCGACCAUGCCGGCGACGACGACCUGCCGCAGGCGCCUGAUCUAGGCGGCCAGGGGGAGGAUAGUGGUAAAUGGGGCUGGUUCAUCUGA